AUGGCGGCUGUCAUGACGGAAUUUGAGCCGUGGUUGAACAAUAAAUUAAAAUCCCUUAAAACUGAUGAAGGUGUUUUUGGAUCAUAUAUAUCGGGUAUUUUGGAAGCUGAAGAUUCUAUAGAUGAAAAGAAAGAUGCAUUAGAAGGCAUACUUUCUGAAAUUGUGGAUGCAGAUAUUACCAGUCAUGUUAAUGAAAUAAUAGAGAAAUGGGAGUCUUGCAAGCCAAAUGAUGAGGGUCCUAAGCAGGUAGCAGAUAUAGAUGUUGAUAUUCAGUUGACAAAGAUGCUAGAAUCUCAGUCCUUUGCGACAACUACGCGACGAGAGUACACAGAUGAAGAAAAGAAGAUCCGUGAAGCAAUAUUGUCUCAGUACAGCCAACUAUCUGAUAAUGAGGAAGAAACAACUUUUGUAGAUGAGACAGAGGGAUCUGAACUAGUAAAAAAUACAAAUGCAUUAGAUGUUGCUGCAGCAGCUAAAGAGCGCCGUGAACUAGCAAGACUAGAAGCACAGAAAAAAAAAGAAAAGGAUAGAGAAGAUAGGGAAAAACAAAAGCAACUAAAGGAAGAAAAAAAGGAAAAACGUAAAACACAAAAAUCAGAAAAGAAAAGGUGA